AUGCGAAAAAAUUACGACGUUAACAUUCGAUAUGAAAAGGCGUGGCGUGCGAAAGAGAGAGCUUUGGAACUACUAAUGAGAUCGCCGAAGAAGUCGUACACUCUUUUGCAUAAGUACAGUGAGGCAUUGAAAUCAAUGAACCCGGACACAGUAUUUUCAUUGAAGUUUGAGGAUGAUAAAUAUUUCCAAUAUGCGUUCAUGGCCCUAGGCUACUCUAUCCGAGGGUUUAGAAGUUGCGUUCGCACCGUACUUGUCAUCAACGGUGCACAUCUUAAGGGAAAAAUAAAGAUAUAUCCACUUGCAUUUGGAAUCGUAGAUAGGGAAACAAACAAGUUAUGGACUUGGUUAUUGGAGCGGGUGAAAAGUUGUAUUAGAGACGUUGAAGGAUUGGUGUUCGUGUCUGACCGGCAGCGAACCAUUAAUAACUCUGUAACUUCUGUCUUCCCCACUGUUGAACUCGUCAGUUGCAUGCAUCACGUGCAAAUGAACUUGAAUAAUGAGUUCAAGAUUAGGAGCGAAUGUGUGGAAUGGCUAUACCUCCUAACAGCUAAGGCAUUCAAGAAGUCUACCUUCAGGUAUUAUUGGAAUCAGCUUGCGGGAUUCCCAGAAGUGCAAAAGUACUUGGAGGCAUUAGGGUUCGAUAAAUGGUCACGUGCAUAUCAACCUGGGUUGAGGUACAAUCAGAUGACAACUAACAUUGCAGAGUCCAUGAAUGCAGUUCUAGUGCACGCACGAUAUUUGUCUGUCACUGCACUAUUAGAACAUUGUAAGGCUCUUCUGCAACGAUGGUUUUACGAGCGGCGGACGUAUGCAUCGACCAGAGCAUCCAUUCUUACUGAUUAUGCUAAGAGGAUUGUUAAGGGUGCAGUGGAGUAG